AGCAAAGGGCUGCUCCACCAAUUUCUCCCAAAUUCCCCACACACAAAACUUCCGUCCUUACAGAAACUGAAAAGAAAAACAGAGUCCCUCACUUUUCUUCUCUCUGUUCUUCUUUUUCUUUUUCUUUUUACCCUUUUUUUUGUUUGCGUUCACUGUCACUUGAUUUCUAUUGGGGGAGCAUUCUCAAACACCCACUACGAAAACCAAGCUAUUACAUGCUCUGUUUUCUGAUUCCACUCCAAAACUUUGUUUAACUCAAUCCGAACAGAGCAUAACAAGAAAACACAUGGAGGGUUUGAUUGUGAAUCAUGAAAUGAAGCCGCAAUCCAGGUUCAGGAGGAUUUGUGUGUUCUGUGGAAGUAGUCAAGGCAAGAAGAGAAGCUACCAAGAUUCCGCCAUUGAACUUGGCAAGGAAUUGGUUUCGAGGAACAUUGAUCUGGUUUACGGUGGGGGCAGCAUAGGACUGAUGGGUUUAAUCUCACAAGCUGUUCAUGAUGGCGGUCGGCAUGUCAUUGGAGUUAUACCCAAGACACUCAUGCCUCGAGAGUUGACUGGUGAAACUGUAGGGGAAGUGAAAGCAGUGGCAGAUAUGCAUCAAAGGAAGGCAGAGAUGGCAAAGCAUUCAGAUGCUUUUAUUGCAUUGCCAGGUGGCUAUGGGACUCUGGAAGAACUACUUGAAGUCAUAACCUGGGCUCAGUUGGGAAUUCAUGACAAGCCAGUUGGGCUAUUGAAUGUUGAUGGGUACUACAAUUCAUUACUGUCAUUUAUUGAUAAAGCUGUGGAGGAAGGAUUCGUAAGUCCAAGUGCGCGUCAAAUUAUCGUAUCAGCGCCAUCGGCAAAAGAGCUAGUGAAGAAGUUGGAGGAGUAUGUGCCAUGCCAUGAAAGAGUUGCUUCAAAGCUGAGUUGGGAGAUAGAGCAGCUUGGCUACCCUCAAAAUUGUGAUAUCUCCAGGUGAUUUCUGAAGAUGGUGAAGAAAUUUUUGCAAAUGGAGGCUAUUAUUUCCUAUUUUGUGGAGGAAUUUUUUUCCCCUUUUUUUGUAAAUUACUCCAUUUCGAAUGUCAAUUUAUGAAAAAGCCUCUACAUUUAAAUGUUGAAACUUCUUAUAUCCUUGGAAAGCUGUAAGUAUAGGAUUCUCUGAUGAAAAUUACCAUCUUCUAUGGCAACUUAUAUCAUAUAUAAAUAUAUUUUGUGAUGCUGUAGGAUUAGGAUAAA